GAAGGCGACAAAGUUGAACCAUCUCCAUUGACGACGCUCAUAUUCGACUGCAGGGGGCAACAGCCAAGAUUUGCACACGGUCAGCUUCUAGAGUUCUCGUUGUAUCCGGCUGAACAAGCACAGAACGUCUCAUGAUGAUGCGCCGGCCAGUGUUAUGAUCUCACCUGGCCGCAAGUCACGGUUCGUCAACAUCAACUGAGUGUUGGUCAGCCCGGGCUCCGUUGGCACCUCGAGCUUCUCGAUCCAUUCUUUAAUUCGAGGCAUUUCAGGCCUGAGGGUGAACGAAAGAUGAAAAUUGAAACCGAAACCGAAAAUGGAUGGGACGGAGACGAUAUGUACGGGGUAUCGAUAGGUUGGGUGGGGGGGUAUAGUGCAGAUAUCGCAGCGCAGAGGAAAGGAACCACCAGGGUUGGAAGCGCCGAAACAACCGAGAAACUGACGGGGAAGCAAAGUAAGAAUUGGAGUCCACCCUCGAGAGCCAGACAGCCGGACACACGAUGGGAUAUAAACAAAAUCCUCGUCUGGGAUAUACUGAGACUCGGAAGGCACUAUCAGCGUCAUCGCCCCGGGACGGGCCAAUCAGGGCCUCCCAGGGGUCCGAUAUGGAACGGUUCCAUCAGAAAUUUGGCUGAUAUGCCGGGAGGCCAGGAUGCCACCGGAGGGAAAGAUGAACAGGCCCUUACGCAAGAUAAGGAUAAGAGAAUUGGUCAAGCGAGCCGGGAUCGACCUGGCCAGCGCCACCCAAGGAUGGCCUUAUCGCCCUCCAUGGGCCGCUGGUCGGGGUACACCGCGUGCCCCGGCCUGGCGAUAAUCCGUUUCCAUUGCUCGAUUGGGUCGAGUAAGCGUCAACGUUAUCAGUUUCAGCAUCUCCACUGGCCCUCCGCAAUCAGCCCGAGCUGGGGCACCCCCCAGAGCCAGCCAGUGACUUCCAGCGAGUCACAGCCCACUAUGCCUCGACUAGUGGCCGGGGCCUAUCUAAUCGCCGGGCCCGCUGACUCGAUGGCAUCGAGUAAAAUAUUCAUCAGGCAAUGUGAUGAAUCUUUCCAGCUUCCCUCCUCCCGGAUGAUAACCGGUCUGCUCCACCGGCACACGAAGCGGAAGUGGUUCGACUUCACCACAGGGGGCAGAGGGCCAACACUGGGCCACGUGCGUCUCCCGGCCUGUCAGGCGCUCAUCACAUGAUGUGCUGCUGCUCCACCAAUCAGCAUCCGCGAGAUUCGAACUUGCAUCGAUAGCCCGCAUCCGGCACGCUAUCUAGUGUAGGUCUAUUACUCUACGAAGUAUAUUGUGCAGCUACCCUACGCCCGGUGUAGCCGGGGCUGGCUUGCACCCUUUCAACUAGAUAUGUGCCGGGCUGAUGGAGGGCCAUC